CGAGGCAGGAGAAUGAAAGUCCACUCAAAAUGCAAGUCUAGGCGACACGCUGAACCUUGCAAUUUUGAUGCAGUGGUAGUUUGGGCAAUUCUUUUUGUUCUUACUAUUAGCUAUAAAUACUGGUGGGACACGUUUUCCUGGGGAGAUAGUAAAUUUUGAAGAGUGAUAAACAUUAUUGUAAGAUUGUAAAUUUUAUUAUUUGGUUGAACUUCAUGCAUUACUGUCAAGUUGUUUCCUUGAUGAAUCUUUUCUUUUCAAUCUUUAUAUCUUGUUUCUUUCUUGUGCUUCUUUUAGGAUGGUUGGUUUGUGUACCAAUUGUUACUGCAUACACUCAGUUAGGGUCUGACAUUCUUUCUGCUGAAAUUUAUCUUGUUAUUUUCGUUAAUUUAUUUAUUUGCUAAUUAUAUCGUUGCGUGUAUCCUGGACCUUAUCAAAUUGGUUGGAGACUCAGAGUCUCUGUUGUAUGAAAUAGUUGUAAUCAUCUCUCUUUCUAGUUAUAUCUCUAUCUCUUUUUAAAUGCUGUAAGAAUAAUGACUUAGCCUCCUUUUUAAAUUAAAUAUUCUGUUUCUGUUGAUCUGUGCAAAUUCCUCCAUAAGCAGCAAAGAAAGAUUUGAUAGCUGAUUUUCUUGUUGAAAGAGAAGCAAACAUUAUUGUAGCCAGUUGGAAUGAGUUUUCCUUUUCCCUCUUUUUCUUUUGCACCAGUGAAAUGCAUUUGAAUAUUUAGUUUACUCUAAAUCAACUUUCUUCUAGCAAAUUCAUGUCACAGAUUUCAGAAUGAUGUACUAGUUUUGACUGCUUAAGUACUCCAGUGAUGACAAUAGUUUGGUUUUGAUUGGUUAUUUGGUGAAAUGUAGACUAUACCAAGUUUUUUAUGAACCUCUGGUGUAUAACUAAACAUAGACUUUCUUGAACCGUCCCGAUCAUCUCAGUUUCUUUUCUGUAUUGGUUCAGUAAGAUUUAUGUCUGGUACUUCAUUUUAAAACGUCGAAUCGCACAUGCUGCUAGAUGUCUAACAUUUUACAUAAAGAAUAGAAUAUCACCUUUGUCAAAUCCUGACUCCUUCUGCUUCUUAGAAUAGGAUCUUUCUAUUUGGAAAAUGCAGACUGCACUAGUGUGCAACUCAAUGCGAUGACCAGAGGCCAGGCACUUCCUCAGCAUCUGCACAUUUAUUAUUAAUCAAUUACAGAUGCUCUUCCAUUAUCAGAAGGAUCAAAUUCAUAUUCAUAAAAUGUUCUAGUUUUCUUGAUGAUUCUCCCUUUAUCUUGUCCAAUCUCAUAGAAAGUUCUCGCAGGACUUUUACCUUUUGCACUGUAUGAGAAUUUCAGAUAGAUUAUUUAGCAAAUUGUCAUGGUAGAAUUUCUGUCAUUUAGGUGAUUCCAGCUGGAAUUCAUCUUUUGCUCAAGUGCAUCUUAAGGUGAUGUCAUAAUCAGACAGCUGUAUGUGCAUGGGGCUUUGUCAAAAGUACCAAAAGCAUAUUAUGGAGUCUGGGGAAUCAAGUUCUUUUCCUUUCAUUUCUUUCCCUUCAAAGUGGAACCUAGAAUUUGCUUCUUCUAGGUAUAUUCUCUUCUACUGCCAACCCUGUCCGCAAAAUCAACCUUUCUCAGGCUUAUAAAUUCCUCGUCUGAAACGCUAAAGUAUCUGGGUCUCCUGCUCGGGCCUCCUCAAUUAUUAUCUUUCAAUAUGAGUUUCGAGAAUCAUGGAAAACAAACCAUAUCAGUUGGACCAUGGGGAGGUGAAUAUGGAUUGCACUGGGAUGAUGGAGUUUAUUCCACCAUAAGGCAACUGGAAAUAGCUCAUGGAACAGGAGUUGAUUCUCUUAAGGUUGAAUAUGACAAAAAUGGAACCUCAGUAUGGUCAGAGAAGCAUGGUGGCAGUGGAGGUGCUAAAACAGACAAGAUAAGACUUAAUUAUCCAGAUGAGUUUCUAACUUCUAUGCAUGGAUAUUAUGGUAGCUUGAAUGAAAGGGGGUCAGUUUUUGUGCGAUCGCUUACAUUUCACAGCAACAAAAGGACAUAUGGACCAUAUGGUGUCCAGCAAGGAACAUAUUUCACUCUGCCAAGUUCUAGAGGAAAAAUUGUUGGCUUCCAUGGAAAAUCUGGCUGGUAUCUUGAUGCUAUUGGAGUAUACAUAGAUCCUAUUUAUAAAUCUUUGCCAAUUAAUUCUGUAGUUCAGUCUCAGCAACACCAUAACAUCGUUCAUUCCCAACAAAGUAUUGUCCAAGGGAUGGAGAAUUUUGAAUACUCAACGAUACAAGGAAGUCUUGGUAAAAAUUUUGAUCUCAUUGUUGCAGUUAGACACAAAGAGGAGAACAGCAAAAUUUUACCUCCAAGCACACUUUUGAGACAAACCUCUAGUUCUAGUUCUAGUUCUGGUUCUGAUCAUGAUUCCAGCUCUAGUGAAUCAAAUAAAAAGGUGGCAACUGUAGCCCCUGCCCCUAUUGAGAGAGUCCCGUCAAAAACUGUGAAGGGUGUUGUCACAUAUUGUCCCUGGGGUGGAAAUGGAGGGAGUGUGUUUGAUGAUGGUAUCUAUGAUGGUGUUAGGCAAGUUUACUUGUCACGCAACGUGGGAAUCGUUUCGAUAAGAGCUUGCUAUGACAAAAAUGGACAAGCAGUAUGGGGAAGUAAAAAUGGAGGCACUGGAGGAUUUAAAACUGAAAAGAUAAUAUUUGACUAUCCAUCAGAGAUUUUGACUCACAUUACAGGCUACUAUGGACCAACCAUGAUUAUGGGACCCAACAUUAUCCAAUCACUAACUUUUCAUACCACAAAAGGCAAGCAUGGACCUUAUGGAGAAGAACAAGGACAACAAUUCUCAACCAAAUUGAAAGAGGGUAUGAUUGUUGGCUUUCAUGGGAGGAAAGGAUUGUUUCUCGAUGCACUUGGUGUUCAUGUUUUGGAAGGAAAAGUUGUUCCAUGUUUACCUCCAGCUGCAGCCCCCAACACCAUUAAACCAAAUGCUGCGGCGUCUGUACCAUCCUUAGCUUCCCCAGUCCCCCCAAAAUCCAUCAAACCAGUUGGAGCAACUGUGCCAUCUUUACCUACCCCAGCUCCCCCGAAACCCGCCAAACCAAAAGCAGCGUCUGUCACUGAGGUUGAUGAUAGCCCACAGUGGUCCUUUAAACUGGGAAAGAAAGGGCUCAGCGAGGAGACCAAAAAGGGAAAAAGACAGAUAAUACGGAAUGGAGGAGUCCAAAGGAUAGUGAAAGAUCCAGCACCAUAUGGACCUGGUCCAUGGGGUGGAGAAGGUGGGAAGCCAUGGGAUGAUGGAGUUUUCACUGGGAUCAAACAGAUAAUUCUAACACAAUCAUCAGAGGCUAUUUGCUGUAUCGAAAUUGAGUACGAUCGAAAUGGACAAUCUGUUUGGUCAGUAAAGCAUGGUGCAAAUGUUGGAAAGGUCACAAAUAGGGUAAAAUUAGAGUAUCCUCAUGAAGUGCUAACUUGCAUUACUGGAUUUUAUGGUCCUAUAAGCAAGGAUAUGGGGUUGAAGGUGGUAAAAUCACUGACUUUUCACACCACUAGAAGGAAGUUUGGUCCCUUUGGGGAGGAACUAGGAACAUAUUUCACAUCAUCAACAACAGAAGGAAAAGUGGUGGGAUUUCAUGGGAGGAGUGGAAUGUAUUUGGAUGCAAUUGGAGUGCACAUGCAACACUGGUUGGGCAACCAGAGAACCUCAAAGCAUUCUCUUUUGAAGAUGUUCCAUUAAAGAUUGAUAUACUUCUGUUUUGAAUAAAGAAAAGCCAAAAAUAGAACAGGACCAAUGAGUUCUUGUGUGGAAGAGUCCAAGAAACAUCUUCUUAUUUGGCUGUGUGUGUGUGAGCAUAAAUGAAGUUAUAUUGUAAUAACACUCGCAUUAUUUAUAUAAUCCCGUUGGUGCCUUCA